CUUGUACAAAAUGGCCGCCGAGAGCAGAAGGUGGCGCUCUAGCGCGGCGUCUCUAUGGCUACUCGCAUGCUGGUGGAGCUGAGACUAGCUGAGUUGGGGGCUGGAGAGUGAGCGGGCCCGAAAGAGUCAAAACGAGGAGGAAAGGAUCGGCGGCAGCUGCUGCAGCGCGACAGGCACGAGCGAAAUCAGUGCAGUGGCCGCCUCGGUUACUCCUGCCCCGAGCCUCCUGCCCUGCCUCUUUAGGGGGGGGCUUCUGUUCUGAUCUGUUCUGCUCAUCCGUCCUCCUCUCACUUUCAAUCUUACACUUUUCCUCCACCAGGAUCCUCGUCCUGUUGCUCCUUCUCUGCUGCAACCCCUUCGCCCCGUCUCCAUUCCUAUUUCCUCAGAUUCCUCCACCACUCCAGGCUACCCUGUUGCCCCUUUCCCUACCUUUCCAUCCUCUAAAUUUCUCUCCGGCCCGACGUCCCCUUAUCCUAAAAGGCAUCGUAGCACCCCACCCCACCCCACCCCGUGUACCCUCGUCUGCCAGCCCCUUGUGCUCCUCUCGGCUCUUUCACCUGCCCCUACCCCGUCUGCUGAUUCCUUCAGCUCUAGGUGGAGAUCGCAGGCACCCCUUCACCAGGUUUCUGAAUCCUUAUUCUGAACGUCCCGUCCUGUUUCCUCAGCUCCUUACAUUUCAAUCCUCCCUCCAUUGAUAGGUAGACUCUCGCCUCCCACUUCUUUUCCGUUCCCCACACGGAUCCUCCGUCCCUUCCUCCCUCUCUGCCUCACACACACACACCGUUGCUUUAUUCUUGGGAGUGUUCCUGAGCUGUGUUAUUCCCUUCCCUGAUUCUUCUCUUCUCGCUUUAACCUAGGAGGGCUCUGCCCUGCCUACCCCCCAACACAACUUUCUCUGCUGCUGAUUCUCUGCCCCUAGGAGCGUUCAAGCCCCCCCUCUCUCUCUGGCUCCCCUUUCCCCCCUUGUACGUAAACAAGUUUCAUUGUUUGCUUGCGCUUUCGUUUCUUGGGUGCCCUGCCUCCCUACUGCAGCCUGACUUAGCAAUAAUUCCCCCAUCCCCUUGUAACAAUUUCCUGGACACUUAAGUUUCCUUUUUCCCUCUUGCUUGCUUCUGAUCCUUAACCCUCACGCUAAAGCUUUCUGGCUGCUUGCUUUUUGACCUCUUUAGGCAAACAGAUAAUAUCUCUUCUCCUGCAGGCAGCUUUUUCUUUCUUUUAAGGAAACAUGUAAAGCACUGAAUCCAAGCUAACUUUUAAUGCUUCUGUACUUCUUGUUGUUGCUGUUAUAAUUGGGUUUGGAAAGAUCUGAGUGGUAAACUGCUCUGUAAGUGUGGAAAUCGUAUUUGGAGAGGCUGAAGAGGAGGAUGCCAAGGAAACUGCUGUUACCUUAUAAAUCUGUGUUUUCUCACUCUCGAGUUCCAAGGGGUUUGCAUGAUUCCUUGGCAAUGAAUGCAGCCAGAAGUGGCUACCGAGUCUUCUCGGCAAAUUCCACAGCAGCCUGCACAGAGCUGGCGAAGAGAAUCACUGAGCGUCUUGGUGCUGAGCUUGGAAAAUCUGUGGUGUAUCAAGAAACCAAUGGAGAAACAAGGGUUGAAAUCAAAGAAUCAGUCCGAGGCCAGGAUGUAUUCAUUAUUCAGACAAUCCCCAGAGAUGUGAAUACUGCGGUGAUGGAACUCCUGAUUAUGGCUUAUGCACUGAAGACGUCCUGUGCCAAAAAUAUCAUUGGGGUAAUUCCCUACUUCCCCUACAGCAAACAAAGCAAAAUGAGGAAGAGAGGUUCCAUCGUCUGCAAACUCCUUGCUUCCAUGCUGGCCAAAGCAGGUUUAUCCCACAUCAUCACUAUGGAUCUUCAUCAGAAAGAAAUCCAAGGCUUUUUCAGCUUUCCUGUUGAUAACUUGAGGGCAUCACCUUUUUUGCUUCAGUAUAUACAGGAAGAGAUUCCUGAUUACAGAAAUGCAGUAAUUGUAGCCAAGAGUCCUGAUGCUGCUAAGAGGGCCCAAUCUUAUGCUGAGCGGCUGCGGCUGGGACUGGCGGUUAUUCAUGGGGAGGCUCAGUGCACAGAGCAGGACAUGGAUGACGGACGGCACUCUCCUCCAACAGUAAAAAAUGCUACGCUGCACACUGGACUGGAGCUGCCCUUGAUGAUGGCCAAAGAGAAACCACCAAUAACUGUAGUUGGAGAUGUUGGAGGUAGAAUUGCAAUCAUUGUGGAUGACAUCAUUGAUGAUGUAGAAAGUUUUGUAGCAGCUGCAGAAAUCCUGAAAGAGCGUGGUGCUUACAAGAUCUUCAUUAUGGCCACUCAUGGACUUUUGUCUGCAGAUGCUCCCCGUCUAAUUGAAGAGUCAUCAAUUGAUGAGGUGGUGGUCACCAAUACAGUUCCUCAUGAAGUGCAGAAACUGCAGUGUCCCAAGAUAAAGACUGUGGAUAUCAGUUUGAUCCUCUCUGAAGCCAUCCGCCGAAUCCACAAUGGGGAGUCCAUGGCUUACCUUUUCCGCAACAUUACCAUGGAUGAUUAGAUGCUUUUUGUCAUUCCAUUAUCUGGUUUCCUCAACUAGAAGGGAGAAAGGAAAUGUGCAUGAAAAAGCAGUGCCAUAAAGUUGAUUGUACAUCAUUUAGGGGGUGGGGGGAGUUUUAUAAUGGGUCUGGGUAUUGACUGAUGCCGUGAGACCCGAGAAACUGAAUUUUACUGGUCUAAUAGUCCUCUGUCUGGAGGCUGUUCGAUCAGGAUGCAAAAAGGCAUUGGAGUCUGUUUUAAAUAGUUUGAAUGAUAACUCGUGGUUGCCUUUUGCUCUUGUUAAACAAACUCAGUGCGUGACACAGGGGCGAUUGGGGUUGACCUGAGAGGCUUACUGAGAUUUGAUUUAUUCCACAAAUUCUCUAAGCCCACACACAUCCUCAAGCUACUUAGAAGAAAGUGUGCUGCUUCUUGCACUGGUCGUAUGUGCAAUGCCCUCUUGUCAUCUUGAACCAUUCUUAAUCUCAUCGAUGCAGCAGAACGUCCUUUUGUGAAAUCAUCUACAAAUAGAUUCAUUUUAUGGCAGCCUAGGUAAUUUUGUCAGCAGUAACAUAGCAUGAUGCUAAAUGGUUCCAAAGUUGUGGUAGAAACUAGAAUGUGCUACCUCUCCUCAUUUAUAGAUCACUGGGUGCUAAUCCUGCCUAGCUGGCAUGUAAGAGGGGUGUAGGAGUUCUAUGAUUCCUGCUACAGUCUGUGAGUAAAGUGUGAGAUUAAGCACAGUCUAAGGAGGUUUGCUUCUGGUGGUAUUCUGUGUUCACACAAGGCCAUAGAUUGAGCUACAUUCUCCAGGAAGUAUGGAGAAAUUCAUGCAGUACCUUCCUGUGUCUUGCAUAGCUGUAUUCCCUGAUGCAAAACAGUUAACCUAGUAAAAUGGUACUUUGUGAAUCUUUUGUGUUAGAAGAGAUCAAUCUAUCUUGCUAUCUGUUAACAUUAAGGUCUUUCCUGGGGUGAUUUAGCUUGCCUCUCAAAGCAGUGGCUGUUACACAUUUUAUUAAGAAGGCAUAUAGAAUUUCAUAUUUGCUUAGGAUUGUCUGUUAGAUGCCAGCCUCUCGCUUAGGUAUGGAGCCACCAAUGCUUUGUGCUUCCUCCCUCCCCCCAACCCUUAACACCUGCUCCUAAGAUCUAGUGUUCCACCCAUAAGAUUCCUGCAACUCUCUAGCAAAUCCCCCACGAUUUUUGGGAAUCGCUAAUCUAAUUUCUAUGGAUCAUCAA